UAUUUCCUUGCUUGAAAAUUCAACACCAAUUCUCCAAAAAUGGGUUUUUGUGAGAAACUCUUCAUCAUACCAUUGCAUAUUGUGUGCGUCAUUUUGCUGAUCAUUCAAAUGGGAUUUCUAGAUGUUUAUUUGUCUACAUACAUCAACAAACUAUGGUUGAUGUGGAUUAUCGCUGACGUUGUUACGGUGGUGCUAUUUAUUACAGUGUUGGUUUUUUCAUACAUUUACAGUCGCAGAGAAAACAUUGAACCACAAAACUUCCAAGUAAUUUCAAAAGUAGAAAAGCUCCCUCUUAUUUGUAUUGCUUGGGGAGUUUAUUCCAUUGUACUUUUUCUAAAAGUGUUGUUUUGCUUUGAGAACUUUUCUGUCACAUUAGGCAAAAAGGAUAAUUUGGGUCCAAAUAUCCUAAAAUUAACGCUUGCACUUUCUGCCCCGCUCUUUCUAAUUUAUUUGCUGUGUCAGGUCAGCACCUCUCCAGACAAUGAGAAUAGGAGAUAUAUUGACAGAAUAACAUCAGGUGUUACCAUUGACAUUUUUGACACAGUUGACUUUUUGGACAUCCUUUUUGUUCACCAGUCCAAAGUACUUCUGUCAUUUGCAAUGACAAAAACGAUCUUAGGUUUUUCUUUGAUUAAUAUAUUUAUGCCUUUAAUUCCUCUGUUUCUUGUUAGUCACUCGCAUUAUGGUAAAAUCAAAUUAAGAGACAAUUUUAUGAACCUGUACCGCAUUUUAAUGAUAGUGAUAAUCAAUGUUCCAUAUUUGGUUAUUCGUUUACGCUUAAUCCAUAUCUAUGGGCACAAUAUGUCUAUAUUCCUGAUUAAGAAUUUCCUUUCAAUCUUUAUUGCUUUUAUUAAUAUCUAUGAGAGAAAACAACAGCAAAAAUUUGAAGAAAUUCCCACCAGAGCUGCCGAAGGAAGUACCACUCAGGAUAAGGUAUAA